AUGACAUCUCAGGCAUUACAUCCCACUGCAGCUUUAUGUUUCUGGUGCAGACUGCACACCUGCGGCCAAGUUUUGGAUAACCGGAGUCGGGCUCCUUGGCGUUUAUCAUCAAUAACAGAUUUCUUCUGGUCAAUAGCAGAUUUUGUGGUUCUUUUUUUCCAGAGUAUUAUUCAACCAGAUUUGAGAAGGAGAGGCUAUACAUCUUCCUCCUAUACUGGAUCUGAUGAUAGAAGAGGACCUCCAGGAUAUCCGCGCCGUAGGAUGGGACGGAUAAAUCACUGGGGCGGCGGUCCCAGCCCRCCGCCAAUGGCGGGAGGAGGAUGAGGAAGGUAA